AUGUCCUGGGUGCGCGGCAAGUCGGGCAAUGGGCCAACGACCCUGCUCACUUCUUCCAGGAGUGUCCCAGCUGAGCUCUGCAUCGAAGAUGACGCCUGUUCAAGCCCGGAGGGAGGCUUCGUACGUGCCCUGAGUGCCGUAGCGCUGGACACGAUGGCCCCAGUCCAGAUUGAGGCCUUACCUGGUCGAGCCAAGAGGUGGGCUGCAAAGCGCCGGUUCUGGACUGGGCUUGCUGUGGCCUUUGCAGUUCUUCUGGGCCUCGAGCGUCGGCUGGAAAGGUUUCCUGAGGUAGACACACCUGAGGUAGCAGAAGAGGAGCAGAGGCCCUACUUGAAGGAGGGAUCCGUGUACCAAAACGAUUACAUGACCCUCUGGAACGCCAACGAGGUCGCCAUUUCUGCCACGUUGCGGAUGCAGGACUUGCAACAUUUCGAGCUGCGGAUCACCAAUCUGGAUUCCAAAGGUGGCGGCAAUGAUGGAUGGUUUGCCGUCAGAGGCUCCUUCCAGUUGCAACCAGCAGCAGCUGGAAAGUUCAAGAUAUUGCCUCAAAAGUCUUCCAGUGGGAAGAGCGACAUGGUCUUUAGCUUUGAUGAGAGCCUUCAUGAUGGAGCUGCCCUAUUCUUGUACAGGUGCUUGAGACGCCUCGGCGGCCCUGGGAUCCUGAACUUCCUGCAGCUGGAAGUGGACUCUGAAAAGGACACUGUCUUCGUGGCACCAACUGCUCGCAUUCUGCGGGCACUUUGGGACCAGCCUGUGGUCUUGAGGCUAACGUCCGAGGACAAGCUCUGGAUGGCAAAGAAGCCUCCUCGUGCUUCUUGA